AUGAUGAACUGGGCGAAACAAGCGCUGGCCAACGUAGCCGGCACCCAAGAGCCCAUCUAUGGCCCCUCCGCCAUCCGCUCGGUCUCCGAACAAGCUGCGACGGUCCCUUACACCGAGCUCAAGCGCGAGGAUCUCAAAUGGGUGAACAUGGAUUCGACGUCGGUCGAGACGCAGGUUUUCUACCUGACGGCUGAUAGCGGACAUAUUGCGUUCGUGCAGGUUAUUCACAGCAAUGUUGCUGGUAUCCGACGAACCAGCCAGUUUAACACCAAGAUCUUCUAUCCCGGCGGCGCCAAGCCCAUCCUCUGGGCCUCCGACCCGCUCAGCGACGUCGACUUCAGCGACGACGGGGUGAACUACUAUGCCGAGAACCUAGCCGUGGAGUUAUCCGAGGACGGCAAGACCUAUACCAUCAAAUCCAUGACCAACAAGAGCGCCAUCGUCAACAUCACCAUGACCCAAACCGCCCCAGGUUUCCAGGCCGGCAACGACGGAACCACGCUCUUCGGCACGGACCUCGAGAACCCCUGGGGGAAGAUGAGACAUGUGUUCUGGCCGCGGAACAAGGUAUCGGGCACGAUCGUGACGAACGAUGGGCCGAUUGACUUUACGGGGAAGGGAAUGUUCGUGCACGCGCUGCAGGGCAUGAAGCCGCAUCACGCAGCGGGGAAGUGGAAUUUCGUCGACUUUCAGGGCGAGAAGUUCACGGCGGUCAUGAUGGAGUAUACCACCCCCCCAUCGUAUGGGUCAACGGUUGUGAAUAUUGGUGCUAUUGUGAAAGAUGGAGAGAUUAUCAUGGCGAGCUCGCCGAAUAGGGCCACGCAUGUUACGACGAAGAGUGAUUCGGAUAAUGAUUGGCCCGAGCCGGCUACAGUGAGGUAUGAGUGGAGUGGGAAGACGAAGGAUGGGAAGAGUGUUGAGGCGGUGCUGGAGACAGCGUUGGGGGAGAGGUUGGAUAGGAUUGAUGUCAUGGCUGAGGUUCCUGGGUUUGUUAAGACGAUCGUUGCGAAUACCGCUGGCACGAAGCCGUAUAUUUACCAGUACUCCCCAACCACCGCCCCCAGCUUGAAGCUGAAGAUCGGCGAUGAGGAGGAGGUCGUUGAGACGGAGGAACCGAUUUUGAAAGGGGAAUUAGGCGCCCAUGGUCGAUUUCGCAUUGAUAUGGUGCAUCUAACGGUUAAAGCUGCUGAGAAUUUCAAGUACCAGGUAUGGCCUGUUGAUCAAACACACACCUGGAUUGCAAAAUUUGGGCUGCCUGUGAGUACGCCUCACUGGAGACAGGUAAAAGGAUACACAUUUCCGCAAUUACACUCUGUGGACGAAGACGUGGUGAAUCACCCAUCGCUUAGUCCAUGCUCAAACGCGCGAGGAUCUACGCAAGUGGACGCCCAAACCAAUCAUAAUAAUCAGUUGAUGAAUUUAGAGCACGUCAAAACUAGGAACCUGUUAAAGACUAAGGCAAAACGUGUCACGGAAGGGGGCACAACUACUCCUAAAAAAGGGACGGGACCAAAGGUAAAAGUAACAACACAGAAACCGAAGUUGGCCAAAGCCAAGAACGUGAGGCAGGUGAAGAUGGUUGCGAAACCAGGAAACAUCGCAAAUGUCAAAAGAACGUCCACAUCUAAAAAAGCAUCUGGAAUCCGAAAACCACCCACGGCGCAAAAGUCCAAGGCACAAAAACCACGCAAGGUGCAAAAGCCCAAGGCACAAAAACCACGCAAGGUGCAAAAGCCUUCCGCAGUGCACAAGCCAUCCAAGGCACGAAAGCCGCCAAAGCCACUUAAGCCGCAAAAUAUGUCCAAGCCGCCAAAACCAUCCAAGUCGCCCAAGGGACAAGAUCAAUCCAAGGCCCGCAAGUAGAGGCUACUAUAUGUGCCGGUUUUAUCUGAUAAUCAG